GGAGCAGGGGGAGCCACCGUGGCCCUGCCGCUGCUCAAGGGCCACUUCGCGCCGGGCGGCGAGGGCCACUUCUGCCCCCGGAUGAGCCACGGGCAGCAGCAGCCGGCCCCGCAGCAGCAGCAGCAGCCCGGCUCGGUGGCGGCAGCGGCGGCGGCCCAAGCGCUGGGCCACCCACCUGUCUGCGCAGCGGCCGCCUACGGCAUGGGCGACCCCCGGCGUUUCCACUGCCUCGGCUUGGGAGGCUCGGACGGCGCCGGCCCGCUGCAGAACGGCAAGCGGAUGCGCACGGCCUUCACCAGCACGCAGCUGCUGGAGCUGGAGCGGGAGUUUUCGGCCAACAUGUACCUGUCGCGGCUGCGGCGGAUCGAGAUCGCCACGUACCUCAGCCUGUCGGAGAAGCAGGUGAAGAUCUGGUUCCAGAACCGGCGGGUGAAGCACAAGAAGGAAGGCAAGGGCGCCCAGCGGAACACGCACGGCGGCUGCAGCUGCGCCGGCAACCCGGGCCGCUUCGCCAGGUCCGAGGACGAAGAGUCGCUCUCUCCGGCCUCGGCCAACGAAGACAAGGAGGUCUCCCCGUUGUGA